CUUCGCGGCGGAGUCGGAGGCCCAGAAGACGGACUGGGUGGAGGCUCUGCAGGAGGCGCUCUGCGACUACGAGGUGGUGGACAAGGUCUGGUCCAACGCCCCCAACCGGAGCUGCGCCGACUGUGGGGCGGCCUGGCCCGAGUGGGCGUCGGUCAACCUGGGCGUGGUCAUCUGCAAGAUGUGUGCAGGUCACCACCGGUCUCUUGGCCCCAGCAUCUCUAAGGUCCGCAGCCUGAAGUUAGACAGCAGCAUCUGGAGCAACGAGCUGGUGGAGAUCUUCCUGGAAGUGGGGAACUCCAACGCCAACCGGUUCUGGGCGGCCAGCGUGCCGCAAGAGGAGGAGCUUAGCGCCAUAGGGGCGUCGCCGGAGCAGCGCGCCACCUUCCUGCGCAGGAAGUACCGCGAGCGCAAGUACUGCCAUGCCCCCGAAGGUCUGAGAGACCAGGAGGAGCUGGACCAGGCUCUGUGUGCGGCGGUGGUGACCCCUGACCUCCUGAGGACCAUGUCGCUGCUGUUCUGCGGGGCGGACCCCCUCUGUCCCACCGGGGAGGGGGGCGCGUCCACCCCCUACCUGCUGGCCCAGCGGGCCGGGCAGCGGCUGCAGAUGGAGCUGCUGCACCACAACAAGCUCUCCGAUUUCCCCAAGCUGGAGCCGGGUUCGGACAGCGCCCCCUCGGACGCCCGGCCAUUCAUGGACGGGUUCCUCUACGUCUCGCUCGCCCCUAGCCUGGAGCGACGGGGGAGAGAGGACAUGUCGAAGCGCUGGUGCACUUUGGAGAGCGGAUUCCUCAGUUACUAUGACAACGAGCGAAGCCCCACCCCCAUCGGCCGAGUGGACGUCAGCCAGGUGGGCAGCAUGACGGUCAGCGACACGGAGACGAUGACCGGGGCCGGGGCGGUGUUCACACUGGGGCUGUACCUGCAGACCGAGAGGGUGUACGUGAUUGGUGCAGAGACCCUGGACACCCGACAGGAUUGGCUGCAGGCCCUCAGCAAGUGCUUCGUGCCGUCGUCGGUGGAGGGUAUGCUGGGCGGAGACUGCGAGCUGUUUGGUCGGCUCCACUACAGGGAGGGUCAUGACCUCUACCACUGGAGAGUCGGUUGGUUCGCCCUGGCCGGCUCCGCCCUCAACUACAGCUCGGGGGAGGGGUCGGAGGCGGAGCUUCAGCUCAGACAGCUCCAGGAGCUCACUGUCUCCACACAUAGCGAAGGUGAGGAGAAGAUCAAGGUCCUGCUCAUGGUGGAGAGUGGAAGGACGGUGUAUGUCCAUGGGUUCAACGGCGUGGACUUCGAACUGUGGCUGGUGGCGCUCACGCGGGCGGCGGGGCGGGACGGCCGGGCGCUGGGCGACCAGCAGCUCAGUAAGAACGCCGUCCCCAUCGCGGUGGACAGCUGCAUCGCCUUCGUCACGCAGCAUGGUCUGAACCAGGUGGGGGUCUACGAGGCGCGGGGCGACCCGGUCCGGGUGUCCCAGCUCCUGGAGGAGUUCAGCUGUGACGCGCGGCUGGUGAAGCUGCACCAGAGGGACCACCGUCUGGAGGACGUGGCCCAGGCCCUGAGGGGCUUCCUGGACCGCACCGAGGACGCCCUGCUGACCAAGGAGCUCUACCCCUACUGGGUCUCCUCUCUGGACGAGGAAGACGAGGGGCGGAGGGUGAGGAAGUACUCCACCUUCAUCGACAACCUGCCCAAGAUCAACCGCUUCACCCUGGAGGCCCUGCUGCAACACCUGUACAGGAUCCAGCAGUGCUCCCAGCUCAACCAGAUGUCCGCUGAGCGUCUGGCGGCGGUCUUCUCCCCCUGUCUCUUCCAGACCCAGGGCCAGACCGCCCGGGAGGUGGCGGUGGUGCGAGACCUCAUCAACAACUACGUCACGCUCUUCAACGUCGAUGACGACCAGCUGCAGCAGAUGGAGAGAGAGACUAAUUUCAUCUCGCGUUGGAAAGAGAAAAAAGACUCCACAUUGGGGCUUCACCGUCUACACGGAGAAGCAGCAUUGGUACUUCUGCUGUGAGGAGAAGGAGAGCCAGGUUAGCUGGGUCAACGCCAUCAUACGGAUGAAGUUUGGCAGUGAUUUCUGGUCCAAACCGGUUCCCCCGCCCAAGACGGGUCCUGCAGCCCCCCCCCCUGCACUGAAGCCGCGGCCCUCGGGCCCCUCCCUGCCCACCGCCCCCCCCCGCCUCAAGACCCCCGGGGCGUCGCCCCCGAUGUCGGGGGGCCCGCGGCCCCUCGGGGACCGUCUCCUCGGCCCCAAGCCGCCGUGCCCUGCCCCCCCCGCCGGCCGGAGACCCUCCGCAGGGAUGGUCUCCGUGUUCCCCGUGUUGCCACGGCGACCGUCGACCGCCAACGGAGCCGUUGGGGGAGGGGCGGUGGUGGGAGGGGCUGAUGGUGGGGGCGGGGAUGGGGGGGGUGGAGCUCAGCUGACACAGAGUCUGAUGAUGGAGCUCAGCUCUGUGCUGAAGAAGACCAACCGCUGUGUGGUGGAAACAGACUGAAGGGGGGAGAGAGAGAGAGAGGGGGAGAGAGAGAGAGAGAGAGAGAGAGAGAGAGAGAGAGAGAGAGAGAGAGAGAGAGAGAGAGAGAGAGAGAGAGAGAGAGAGAGAGAGAGAGAGAGAGAGAGAGAGAGAGAGGGGGAAUUUGGUCAGUGUUUAAUUCCCACAAACCCCUGAAUCAGGAGAAGGGUUCGACUUUGUCUUUGUGUCCCUGGGACGGAGCAUGGGGGGAGGGGGGGGGGGGGGGGCGGCUGGGUGAGGCGGGGGGAGGGAGGCUGGGUGAGGGGGGGAGGGAUGGUAACCCGGGUGGCAGGGCGGGUUAGUUAUACGGCGACCAUGUGUGUCUCAGACUAAGCCUCUCCAAAAGCUUCAGACACAACGACUAAAAAUAAAGUCCUGCUGUCUGGUUCCUAUUGAAGCUAAAGGAGGCUUCAGAAAAGGACACUUCUGUAGUCGGUGCUGCAUUCUGCACAUUUUAUACUUUUUUAUGCUCUAAUAAAGCCAGCUGUCUCAUGCUCGUUUCAAUUGAA